CCCACAGGUUGCAAAAGGCGGAGGAUGCGAUGCUCAACAUUCUUGUGCCUGCCGCGCACACGCAGCGCGCCGACGAGUGACCUGACGAUGGAGACGAGAGGUCGCGGCAGGAAACUUAUCUCGGGGCGAUGAAAGCUAGACCUGUACACUAGCCUAACACAGUUCGACUGCACGUGUGGGGUCGAACUACCUGGGAACUACCAUGACUGGAGGUCAAAGGUUGCCAGAGAUUUCUGCAGGGAGGGGCAGCAGCUACUGCUGACAUUUUCGUCGUGAGGAACCUCGCUGUAGUCGCGCCUCCUCACUUGUGGAGCAGCGACCUAGGUCACACUGCGCUCUUCUGCGCCAAACACAAAGAAAUUGUCGUGCUGCUGCUGCCGAGUGUUUAUCGAACGGUAAUAACCGUUGACAAAGAUCGGAUGGGGAUAGACGCUGGUUGUGCGGUGACAGUUAUCAUCAGCAGCUGCGAGUUCUUCACAUCGUAGGAGGAGACGUGCACGAGCCUGACUUGUUGUGGGAGGAUUUGGCGACAAAGGUGGGGGAUAGGUGUGCAGAUGAAAGCAAUGUGGGGGUGGGGAGGGGCGGGGCACAUGACCUGCUUCACAUCGAGAGCCGACCUGUUUGCAAGGGCGCGAAACGUCUGCUCGGAGUGAGGUCGAACCUGUGUUGGAGAUCAUCUACUGAGGACAGGUUUGACGAAGUGUCUGCGGCUGUCUCCUCUGCCUUUGAUGCGGUCGCCGGUGUGAGUUCACCUCAGGUGACGGAAGUGGAGGUGCGGGGUCCCCCCUGUCGGACACACUCCUUCGGCAGUGUCAACCGCACGCUUCAAGCAUCAGGUCGCCGAACGAUCUGUGGAUUUGUUUACCGAGCAGAAGGGGACAAACAAGACCGAACUCAUACAAGGGAGCUGAAGAUGGCGCUGACGGCGAAAUUCCUGCAGGUCGUGUCGCUUGUCCUCGUCUGGUGCUGUCCACAAGGCCUCCCUGGUGCUAUGGGGCACUGGGCUGAGUGGGGUGCAACGUCCAUGUGCUCGUCAUCCUGCGACAUGGGCAUCCAGACUCGCAUCCGGCACUGGGUGUACGACAACGGCACCGUCAGCGACUUCACCAACUCCGAACAUGCCACCUGCUUUCUGCUGCCCUGCCCCAAGAACGGUUCGUGGUCAGAUUGGGGGAUGUUCGGAGAGUGCAGUGUGGCCUGCGGGACCGGUAUGAGAGUGCGCCGCCGCGACUGCAACAGCCCCCCGCCCAUGGAUGGCGGCCUCUACUGCAAGGGAGAGAGCGAGCAGGAGGAGGAGUGCGUCCAGAAACCCUGCCCACCUCAGCCCAAAGAUUUCGACAUGGCGUCGUGUCCCCAGCGCAACUUCACCUGCGAAAACGGUUUGAUGUGUGUGGCGGAGAGUGAGAGGUGUGACGGCACGCUUCACUGCAGCGACGGAAGUGACGAAGUCCGCUGCUGGCGCUUCCGGGGCGGCUACCGAAUCGGUCACGUGCACUACUCGCACUCGGGGUCAAGUCAUUCCGUGUAUACUGUCCUGACAGUCUUCGUGGCCAUCUUGUCUCACGGCCUGCUGGCAGCGCCGCACUAGAGCCUUUCCAGAACCUGAAACUCAAGUCUCCAUGACAACCGUGCUGAACUUACCGUCUUUCUGUUAACAUCAUCUCCCUUGCCCAACCCCCUUAUGAUGUCCUGACCCUAAACAUGUUUCGUCAGAGCAUCGGGGCUUGUCAGGCACCAGGCACGGUGCUCACCUGUGAUGAAGUUCUUUAGAGGACAUCAUGCAGAAUGUCACCAUGCUUGCAGUUUACCGCCAGUUUCUUCUUUGGGAGAUGUUAAGUGAACUCUUCAACAGACAUUAUGAAAUGAUAAUCAUCAUCGUGGUCACCAUCACACCACUCACGGACACAGCCACCACUGGCAUCGUUGGCUUUGUUUUCCUGUGACCACGUGAAAUUGUUUUUUGUUUGUUUAGAGUUUUAGUGUCAGCAACAGACCAUGGGGAUGUGUGGCAUGGUGAUUUUGUGGGUGCCUUGUUGUGAAAGCACGUCCCUCCACGAAUCUACUUCGACAGAUUUGAUGGAGAGGCAGACGAGUGUUCAUUGGCCAAGUGUUCCUUGCGGAGUGAGGACAGCUCAGCGUCUUCACCGGAGAUUCAUAGUCAGCACAACUCCAGUAGCAUCACCACAUUUCAUCUCCAUUUUAAAAACUAAGAAUUCAACAAUUUGGCUACACACACACAAUUUCUGUCUCUCACUCACACACACAUACGCACUCGCACACACACACAUACGCACACAUACACUUUCCCGUUCCCUCUCUCUCUGAAAGCACUUAUAUAUAUACACACCUAUACAUACGCGUGUGCAUACACUCAGUCUUAGGACUAUUUUGGCAUGUCGGUUAAAGUCUGUUGUUUUGAAGUUGUGGAAAAACUGGAGAAGCUGGCGUGUUGAAUGUGUUGUUGCUGUUCCGAGUGCCUUCUCAGUAAUCCUCUGACAUUGUUGUUGUGAGGGAUUUGAACUCUCUCUCAAAGGACAGAUCUGCCAAGUUUUCACGAUACAUUUUCUCGACUUGUUUCCAUUUUACUGUCAUUUCUUGCUGACACAACUUGAAAGAGUUCCUGACAGACAACGGUGUGUUCGUCAGUGUGUUUAUCGUGACUUAGCCAGCAAGUACUUGUCAUCAGUGAAUGGAGAAUGUUUCACCUAGUCUAUUCACCUGCCAAGUAGACUGCCAGAACUGUCAUGGUAUGCAACUGGAAAUAACUUUGUUGUAGUUGUGUGCUAAAGGAAAGGAGAUGCUUGUUUUGUACUAUGUACGACAGAACCGAUGCUGCUGUUGUGGUCUGUGGACUGCGUGGGUGGAGAAAACUUGUAUUGGGCGCGAGUUGUUGUUUUGUUUGUGUAUUGCAGGAUGUCAAUGUACUGCACAUUGUUACAGGAAAUGGAAUUGUUGUAGUGAACUGUUCAUCGGGAAAGGGUGCUGCUUUAAUUAGACUGACGUCUGCUUCCUGCUUGCCAUCCGACACUGGAGCUACACUCCUAGUCAGCGCCGUGGGGUGCGAGGGCUGAAUGGAAGAAUCAGAGUUUCUACGGAAAGAUUAUCUCUUAAGUAAAAAAAUUCAUUUGCAAAAAUGAUCUUCUUUCCUCCAUGGGACACAACAGUGAUGGACAUAAUUUUGUUGCUGCUGUGUUUAUUUGUUUGUAUGUAGAAUCGCACUGUACACAACUGUUCUCAAGUACACGGUGAACAUCGCGUUUGGGUUUCAUUGCCUCCGGCGAGUGGGAGGGUAAGGGAAGGGAGCAGCAGUUGGAAAAGUCAUUUUGCUUAAACCAAAUCACCAGCCUUCCACAAGGCGACUAAGUGCAACUCGUAAAAAAAAAAAAAAUGCUUGGCGUAUAUUUGUUCAUUAUUUACACAUGCGUGCUGAGUUUCCACCUGGCGCUGCGAUAAACAUACCUGAGGCUUGGUCUGUGGUAAAAACGAUUCACUUUUGGCAGACUGUACUCGUCUGUGCACCUUAAGGAUGGAGUUGAGAGUUCUCAGAGUGGGCAAAGUGAAGUUAUAGGAAUUCUGGCAAGAGUGGCGGGCAUUGACUUUUUUCAGACAUCGUCCUUAUCGUUAGAUAACUCAUCUUGGCUCUCUUCUGUGAUGUACCCGAGCAGGAGCCUGGAACACAGGUAUGAGAAGACACGUUCCGGGUACACAGCUGUUGUUAAAGUCGUGAGGGUGUGCUAGCGGCAAUGGUGGUCGUGACUGACUCUCGUGGACGUCAGACUGACGGUGUUUCAUAUAUAUAUAUAUGAAACUAUUGGUACGUGUGACAAUUCCAAGGAAUCUGUUAAUUUUCUUUGUAAAAAUUUACCAACCUGGCUGAAAUGGAUUUUUUUUUUAAAAAAGGAGUGAAUGUUAUUAGGUCCCACACUAAAUUUACCUGUGAAUCUAAGUAUUUUCUUAGAUAGUUUACUUCCACGAGUAUCCGAUCUUAAAGAUGCCUUGUACAACCACUCCCUCUACCCUUGAGCAGAUGAGUUGAUAAUACAGACGACAACUAAAGAUGUUUCUGUCGGCACACUUCAUUUGCUUUCUGGACCUUGCUAGACAGACGAGUUAUGGUUCGGAUUUGAACCAGAAUGGUGUUGCUUUGUCUCUAUUUUUCUUUUUGUGGUUAUUGGAUUACAUCCAUUCAUUUCUUCUUUUCUUUAUCCACACUAAGUCUCUUUCCUUCUAUUCCAGUUCUGCUCUGAGAUAGUAUUCUGUAUUCUGUACAGCGAUCUGCAUGCAGUGUAUCUCUUAGGCGUUCAGACUGACCUUCCUGUCUAGUUUUGCCAGAUGGUCAAGAUUUGUACCUGAUUGUUGGCUUGUUGCAUUUGAGUGCCUAAGAAUUUCAAUAUCUGCAGAAUAUGUUGAAUUUAUUUUCAAGCUUGCUAUUGUUUACAAAGCGUGUGAUCCGUGUUUGAGAAGAAACAAACAGGAAAUUAAUGCAUAACUCAGAGUUUCUGAUGGAAGUUUGGACUUGCUUAAAACCGAGAAGGGGCCAUGCCGACAGACCCACAGUGAGAUGAAAAUUGUUACAUGUGCGGCUACACAGUGAUCACUUCCAUGUUUCUGUCUCGCCGAAAUCCCGAACUAAUAUCUGUAGUGAGCCGAAAUCCCGAAUGGAUCCCUAGUACUCAGUUGAAAUCCCAGAUACGUACCCGUGAUCAGUCCCGGGUGCACCCAGAAGCAAAAAUCCCAUUUACACGUUUAAGAUGUACGCCCGCUACUCUCGGAGACAGAAGAGAUGCGCGUGGACUUCAUCUUCGUUCUGUACUGCGAUGAGCAGUUCAUAUGUUCAUAUAGCAAUAACAACUAUGUACAGAUGCUAUGCACUUUCCUAGUCUCUGCUUUCUAUACAUAGUAACAUGCACGGAGUUAAAGUCAGUACUGACAACAGUGCUUGACAUGCUUCUGUACUUAACUCGUUGCUUGCCUUUGUGUUUGCUUGUCUGGAACAAAAGGGUCGUUAGCUCUUUCUCCUGUUUGUUUUAUGUUGCUUUGACGCUGGUGUUGGUGUUGGAGUGCGCCGGUGGCGUCGUCGCUUGAAAGAGGUACGACAGCCACGUUGUUGACUUCAGCAACAGAAAUCAAAGCAAACAAAGCGCCGCCUGUUAUUGUCUUGAGUGGUCUGCUGUAGAUGGUGCGACGGCUGUAGUCGCUGUUGGAAUCAAUCAGACGUGAGUUUUUCUCCCUACUGCAGUCUGUCUCUCUGAGCGCUCAAUUUGCCUAUGUACGGUCUGCAUAUGUCUACCUGUCUCGGGUUUGAUGAAAUUUGAAAGGGCGGACAUAAGGUCUGCUACAUAAGAUUAUGUUCAUUCUUCAAAUUCAUUUUUAUGUUUAUUCUUUAAAUUCAUUUUUAUGUUUAUUCUUCAAAUCCAUUUUUUAACAACCACAUCCUCAUAGUGUAAAACCACAAGGGUUUGAGGUAAAUAUGAGAAUAGUUUGACUUCCAUCUCAGAUUUUUACAUGGCUUGUCAGCAGUUUCUCUAUUUAGUUGUGUUACCAUUCUGUGAAACAAAUCACUGUGCUUUAUGACAGCAUUUUCAGAUGCCAUGUUUUCGUUUGUUUACUUUUUUCACAAACUCUGGCACUUUGCCGAUGUUUCUUCUUCUGGCCCCGCUUGUGAUAGUCUCACUCUAUCAUAUCCCAGACUUGCAGUUGUUGUGACAGUCUGUGCAUAAGACAAAGUUAGUGUUAGGAGCGAACAAAGAAGACAACUUGUAGUGUAAGUACCCGUGGGUAAGUUUGUUACUUGCUGCCACACAACACCCUGUCUGAAUAGCGAAAUAACUGCCAUUGUGUAUGGACACGUGCAUGCAUACAGCUACAUCUGUCACUUGUUCUCUCUUUGUACGGGUGUUUACACGGUAAUGUAUGAAGGGUAUACAUGUAGAUGUAAAAACUAUUAUACGAGCAGAGAUUUUUUUCUCGCUUGCUCGUGAGACUGGAAGCCAUUGUCUGUGCGGCACGCCCGACCUCGCAACAAAGCCCCCGCCCAGUUUCUGGCGCCAUCAAGAAAGUUCCAGAACACAUCUGCUAUUUUACUGGCAUUGACAACCUUUAUGACAUUCCAGUUUAAUCAAAUAAACUUUUUUGUAAAUAACA